GCACCUCCGAGGCUCCGCCAAUCCGAGAGGAAACCGGCUUCUCUUGAACCCAGAUGGCUUCUGCUGAUAUAUAACGCCUGGGGCUGAGAGAUCAUUUAUGAAAACUUAUGAGCGUCGUAUAGCUUGUCUAGCUGACAGCGAAUAGGACUGACCAGCCGAACUUGAGGAGAAGCAUACCUAACCAAGGUGCAAAGAAACAAGGGACACUUCGAAUUGUAUAAAGAUCCACACUAUUUAUUUGGUGACUGUCAAGAUGCCUGUUAUUAGAACACUCAGCAAGGUGGCUAAGCAGGCCCUCCUGAACCCAGGAUGUGGCUGUCAGCCAAUCACAGUGGCCGUACGGACCAUCAGCUUCUCGCCCCGCCAGGUCACCUCGGACGCCAGCUUCCACUCCGUGUCCUUCUCCGAGACGGACCACCCCAAGGUGCUCAUCACAGGUGGCCUUGGACAGUUGGGGGUAGGGCUGGCUAAAAGGUUGAGGAAGCGGUUUGGCAACAACAAUGUAAUCCUGUCAGAUAUCAGGAAGCCUCCAAGCCACGUUUUCCACAGCGGCCCCUUCAUCUACUCUGACAUCCUGGACUAUAAGAACCUGCGUGAGAUUGUGGUGAACAACCGCAUCACGUGGUUGGUCCAUUACAGCGCCCUGCUUAGCGCGGUGGGAGAGGCCAACGUAUCUCUGGCUCGCGACGUCAACAUCACUGGGCUCCACAACAUCCUGGACAUUGCAGCGGAGCACGGGCUGCGUCUGUUCGUCCCCAGCACCAUCGGAGCCUUUGGGCCCACUUCGCCCCGGAACCCGACCCCUGACCUCUGUGUCCAGAGACCCAGGACCAUCUAUGGAGUGUCCAAGGUCCACGCAGAGCUCAUGGGAGAGUACUACCACCACCGCUACGGCCUUGACUUCCGCUGUCUGCGCUACCCAGGAAUCAUCUCUGCUGACUCACAGCCUGGAGGAGGAACGACAGACUACGCUGUAGCCAUAUUCCACGAUGCCGUCAAAACGGGGAAGUUUGAGUGUAACCUGAAGCCAGAAACGCGGCUGCCCAUGAUGUACAUCGACGACUGUCUGCGUGCCACCGUAGAGAUGAUGGAAGCGCCCGCAGACACCCUCUCCAUGAGGACCUAUAACAUCAACGCCAUGAGCUUUUCCCCUGAAGAGCUGGCUCAGGAGGUCCAGAAACAGCUGCCGGACCUAGAGGUCACCUACGACAUCGAUCAAGUCAGACAGGCCAUCGCUGACAGCUGGCCAAUGAAUUUUGACGACUCUAACGCACGGAACGACUGGGGCUGGAAACACGACUACGACCUCCCGGAGCUCGUCCAGACCAUGCUCAACUACAUCGGCUCAGACUCGCGCAUCUCACAGGCCAACUGAGGGGCCAGCGGUGGCGUGCUGCUCGGUGGCGUGCUGCUCGGUGACGUGCUGCUCGGUGGCGUGCUGCUCGGUGGCGUGCUGCUCGGUGGCGUGCUGGAGCAGUGUUGUUUCUUUGUACAUACUGUAAAAAACAUUGUUAUAGAGGAGACAGACACGUAGUCUAUGAAGACUGUUGUUAUAGAGGAGGGAGACACGUGGUCUAUACAGACUGUUGUUAUAGAGGAGGGAGACACGUGGUCUAUACAGACUGUUGUUAUAGAGGAGGGAGACACGUGGUCUAUACAGACUGUUGUUAUAGAGGAGGGAGACACGUGGUCUAUACAGACUGUUGUUAUAGAGGAGACAGACACGUGGUCUAUAAAGACUGUUGUUAUAGAGGAGGGAGACACGUGGUCUAUACAGACUGUUGUUAUAGAGGAGACAGACACGUGGUCUAUAAAGACUGUUGUUAUAGAGGAGGGAGACACGUGGUCUAUACAGACUGUUGUUAUAGAGGAGGGAGACACGUGGUCUAUACAGACUGUUGUUAUAGAGGAGGGAGACACGUGGUCUAUACAGACUGUUGUUAUAGAGGAGGGAGACACGUGGUCUAUACAGACUGUUGUUAUAGAGGAGGGAGACACGUGGUCUAUACAGACUGUUGUUAUAGAGGAGACAGACACGUGGUCUAUAAAGACUGUUGUUAUAGAGGAGGGAGACACGUGGUCUA